AUGAAGGCCAUCAAUUUUAUUGCCACUAUUUUGGUGCCAUUUGCUUCGUCACAUGUCGCACAGCAUCGUCUUUCCAAUACCCUUCCCUCUCCCAAACACCGUGGCACUUAUCCCCGCUGUGAUCUCCCGCGUCCAGUGGAUCCAUCCCACGAGGGUCUAGCAAACGCUCAAGAAAUCUUCUCCUGGGACAAAUCCAUUCGAACCAUGAUCGACCGUCUCCGAUCAAUUGUCGAAAUCAAAACCAUUGUCCACAGUGAUAUGGGUAAUUUAGAUGAGGAUGAACGAUGGGCGCCUUUUGGUCAAGUACCGCUUCAUCACCAUACCUCUCCUGAAGUCAUCAACAAAUACGGCUUGGUCUACACCGUCCCAGGAUCCGACGAAGACCUAAAGCCCAUCCUUCUAACAGCCCACCAAGACGUCGUCCCCGUAGAUGACGAUACCCUAGACGACUGGAGCUACCCUCCUCUCGAAGGCCACUACGACCAACGAAACGGCUAUAUUUACGGUCGCAGCACAGCAGAUGAUAGAUCGGCACUCACAGGUCUCAUGUCCGAGAUUGUCACGACCAUUGAACACAACCCGUUCGAUGCGAAGAUUGGUUGCAACAGUCCUGGUGACCUUGACGGCGCAGCUCGGUUCCCGGCCCGUCUUUCACCAGAGACUCAAUACCUUGUUCAGACCUCUCAAGCAGUGGAUCUCAUCAAAGGCGGCGAAACAAUCAACACCCUUCCCGAAUACGUCACACUAGGCGUAAGCCACGGCCUCGCACCCCAAGACACAAUCGGCAGUAUCCAGCACGGCGUAGUAGAACUCGUCCAAAACAUAGUCAACAAAUACAAUCUCCGCUUCGAACCCUUCGAAGAAGACGACGAUUACGAUAUAUACCUCAAAUCGCAAGGCCUAGGUCGAAAACCGCGCAAACAGGGAUCCAGUGCCGGCACAUUAACCCUCCAAGCCAGGAAGAAAUAUUCUCCCGCGGAAUCAUCACCGACUAGUGGCCGUAUCUGGGAUAUAUUCGCCGAAACGGUCAAACAUACAUGGGGAAGGGAGAGUCCAAUUGUCGAAGAAUAUUUAUCGGUGGAAUCCUGGGACUAG